UGCUGCUGCUGCUGGCGGCGUGGUUUCAGACUUCUCUGGCUCUGGCCACGCCUCUGCUGUGCUGCAGUUCGGUGAGCAGAGACAGAAAGCGGCUCGCCUUGCCUGAGCUUAUUCCAUUCGGAAGACCAGGGAGAACCAAGGCGGACGCUGGUUGCCCCCCUCCUCUCUCUCUCUCGCUCGCUCGCUCCCAUGCAGCUUUGAAGAAGAAGACGCCCCCUCCCUGCACCUGCUCCGCUUCGUCUUCUCGUCUCGCAGGAGUUCAGCCUCUCGCUCUGUGCGGGCGUCGCUUCUCUCAUUGUUCGACGCUGUUUCUGAGCAUGACUUCGACGUACAACCUAGAUUUCCUGCCCCUCUCCGAAAGUCGGUUAAUGACUUCGAGCGACACAAUCAACGGCAACGGGAGCAAGAUGAACGGGUCACUGGAGCACAUGGACCAGCCCGACCCCGACGCAAUCAAAAUGUUUGUGGGACAGAUUCCCCGGUCCUGGACGGAAACAGAACUAAAAGAACUUUUUGAGCCGUUUGGACCCGUGUACCAGAUCAACAUCCUCCGUGACCGGACUCAGAAUCCUCCUCAGAGUAAAGGAUGCUGUUUUGUAACUUUUUAUACAAGAAAAGCUGCACUGGAGGCCCAGAAUGCACUGCACAACAUAAAGACCUUAAGUGGGAUGCAUCAUCCUAUCCAGAUGAAACCUGCUGACAGUGAGAAAACAAGUGCAGUGGAAGACAGAAAACUGUUUGUGGGAAUGGUUUCGAAGAAAUACGGCGAGAACGAGGUCAGAAUGAUGUUCUCGUCUUUCGGACAGAUCGAAGAAUGCCGAAUUCUCCGGGGACCGGACGGUCAGAGCAGAGGCUGUGCGUUUGUCACAUUUGCUACCAGGGCAAUGGCACAGAAUGCAAUCAAAACCAUGCAUCACUCUCAAACUAUGGAGGGUUGUUCUUCACCUUUGGUUGUAAAGUUUGCUGAUACCCAGAGGGACAAGGAGCAGCGGCGCCUGCAGCAGCAGCUCGUGCAGCAAAUUCAGCAGCUUAACAACGCCUCCACCUGGGGAAACCUGGCAGGGCUGGGAACCCUGACACCGCAGUAUCUAGCGUUACUCCAGCAGGCGACAUCAACCACUAAUCAAAGCAGUUUCAAUGGCAUUCAGAGGCUAGGAGGUGUGAAUCCUCUUCAGCUGCAAAACCUGGCCACGUUGGCUGCGGCCGCAGCUGCAGCCCAGAGCUCUGCCAGCCCGACUUCAACCAACGCUCUGUCAACCAGCAGCGCAGCCCUGGGGGCCCUCGCCAGUCCAGGUUCAACAGCAGGGUCCAGUGCUGGUGCUGCCAUGAACACCCUGGCCUCUCUGGGCACACUGCAGAGUCUUACUGGCACCUCUGUGGGCCUCAACAACCUUAAUGCCCUCACUAGUGGUGUCAGUGGUGAGUCUCCUCUUCGUACGCCUCAGAAAAUGCCAAAGAAGAAAUGCAACCCGCUAAAUACGAAGUGUUUAGCGGGUUGCACCAUGCCUGUUUGCUUUGCUGUUCCAGGUAUGGGGGCCAUGAACGGAGGCCUGGGAGCCUCCAUGGCCAACGGCUCGGCUGCAAGUUCCAUGGAUGCACUGACACAGGCCUACUCAGGGAUGCAGCAGUACACGGCCUCCGCCCUGCCCUCCCUCUACAGCCAGUCUCUGCUGCAGCAGAGCGUGGCUGGCAGUCAGAAGGAAGGGCCAGAGGGCGCCAACCUGUUCAUCUACCACCUGCCGCAAGAGUUCGGGGACCAGGAUCUUCUGCAGAUGUUCAUGCCUUUUGGAAACGUGGUCUCUGCCAAAGUCUUUAUUGACAAACAGACCAAUCUGAGCAAAUGCUUUGGGUUCGUCAGCUAUGACAAUCCUGUCUCCGCGCAGGCUGCCAUUCAGGCCAUGAACGGUUUCCAGAUCGGCAUGAAGAGGCUGAAGGUUCAGCUGAAGCGCUCCAAGAACGACAGCAAACCCUACUGAUCCUUGCCUGGGGCCUCCCCCCCAGCCCUCUCCCCAGCUCAGUUCUAGCACUGCUAGGGUAAGUUCACCCUCCUGCCAAGGUCACCACAGCAGAGACUCAGGGGGGGUCAAAGGGGACAGGAGCCCACCACGGGAGGAAGACUCACCCUUUUCCUUAAACUAAAGAAAAACAAAAAAAAAAAAAAAGGUUGCUAAGAUCUCUCCACGUUUUUGCUGUAUUUCAUUCCUGCGGUUUUCAUUAUGUACUUUUGAGUCUGAAAUAUUUUAAUGUAUAUGAUUAUUUAUGACUAUCACUGGAGUCAGUGUUUGCUGGAGGUAUUUUGUGUCACUGUAUUUAGUGGAGAGCAUCAGAUGUGUUUCCAUUGCCACUUCAUUGCCUUCAGGUCAAGUGAGCCAGGUUGACUAAGGAUCAGUUGUUGUUGAAGGGCUGAAGCGAGGCCACACAGAACCUGAGCCAGAGCUUCAACCUGCUUUUCACUUCUCAUCUGUAGUCUGUCUCAUGUUGUCGUCGUUGUCGUGAAUAUCUAGCAGUCUUUUCCAUUUCCUCUCUUCUUUUUUUUUUGUCUGUUUACAUUCAUUGCCCAAGCCAUUUUAAGCUAGGCUACCUCUUUUUUUCUCUAUUAACAAUUUCCUCCAGUCAUUCCAUCCAUCCUCCAAGUCUCCCACAAGGGACUGGGCUCUAGAUGGAUCUCUUUCGGUGCCAAGUAUAAAAGUAUGUGCAUGUCGGAGUCUGCCAUAAGUCCUAGUGGUGUCACUUCUGUAAAUCGGUGUGUUGUUUUUGUGUGUCGGGAGAGAGGGGGCGGACGUGUUUACCCUGCUGUCCUUGCUGUUACGUGGUGACUUGCAUUAUUUUUUUUUGUUGUUGUUUAUUGUGCCUCAUGGCUUGAAAAAAUUUUUUCUUGUGCUGUGCCCCUAACUUUCUCUUCUCUCCUCUUUGUCCUGUCUCUCCUCUCUCUCUCUCUCUCUCUCUCUUCGUGUUUUUGUUCCUUUUAGAACAAAUCUCCAUGCCUGUUUGCUCAUCAUUAGCCUAGCAUGUCUUCAUGAUGUUGAAAGCCAAGCCAAACCCCUUCUCCCUGGCCUCAUCAUCCCACCAUUGUCUGUGAUGUCUCUCUAAGCUCGCCUGACCAAUACCCGGCCACCCACUGACCCUGACCUUAGCUCAACCUGAUUUUUCUGCAUGUAUGAUCAUGUUUUUUUUUUUUUUUGUUUUUGGGUUUUUUGUUAGGUUUUUUUUUCCUUUUUUUUUCGCUUUUUGUUUUUUCUAUAAGUAAAUGUGACGGGCAGGAGAGAGGUCAAGCAUAUUAAUGUGAAAACUUAGCUGCAAUGAUUUCAUUGAAGAGACGUUUUUUGUUUUUCUGUUAAUGUUUUUAAAAACCUGUGGGAUUUUUAAUUUAGCUAUGUAUUUUCUUUUUACCUCUCUCAGUAAUAGUUCACUUGAAAGUUGAAUACAGGGAUUGGCACACAUCUGUGCUAUUUGGUGCCAUUAGCAAUAUUUUGGCUUCUUAAAGGAAAAAAAAAAAGAUCCUACAGACCACUUUUCCAACAUUUUUUCAGUCUGACCAGUAAAAGUCGCUCUCGGCGAUCUGUUUUGAUCUCUACAUUAUGUGGGCAGUGUGACGAUUUACAUCAAGGCUAUUUAAAAUAUUUUCUUUUUUCAUUUACAAAAAUGAGUGUAUUUACCUUUUUAUUAAACUAUCAAUGGCACAAUAAAAGGUACAUUUGCUCUGCUGAGAGAAAUGACUACCUACAUGAGUCAACUUUUUUAGAACUGAUUCACAAAUAGACAAUCUGUGGUUUAAAUGCACACUUAGAUUACCUAUAUUUUGUACCAUUGAAUCUAUAGAGGUUUAACUAACAACCCAGGCACAACUUUGGGUUUUUUUGUAGAUUUUUGUUGUAUUGUCAUCUAUGUUGGGGAGCGGGAGGGGGGAGUGUUUUCAGUUUAUUAGUCUUUUUUUUUUUCUUUAAAAAAAAAAGGACUAAAGUUUGAGUUUGGUGACCAUUUGUGGGUCAUUUGUAAUAAAUUUAGUAACAUUCUGGUUUAAUUAAAAAUGACAUCUGGUUUAAGAAUUUUAAGGGUCAAAUUUUGAGGCUACUUUUUAUUUUAAUCUUUUUUCCUGUUAUAUAAAAUGUUCGACUUCAAAGGUACGUCUUGUUGACUCUGAAUUAGUUUUUUUUUUUUUUUCAUUACUAACUUAAUCGAUGGAUGUUUCACUUUGGUUUAGCUUGGAUUGCCUCAUGUUUGAAAAAUUAUUUACAAUGUCUGUUAAUCAUCCAUGGACAAUGUUGUUUUCAUUUUUUUUUUUCCUUUUGUUUUUUUUUUUUGGUUGUUGGAAGUGCCCAUGUGUCAAACUCUUGUUUUUGAAUACACAACUUUUUUGGGGGUUUAUUUGCUGUAAUAUCUAGUUUUUCUUUACACACACACACACACACGCAAUACUUAAUGUGGUUGCAUCAGUGGGAGCCCCUGAAGAGGAGAUCACUUGGACAAAAAACACAACCUGUGGGUCUCUGCACAUUUUAGACACACGUUUGCUUUUUACCUCACCUGUUUGCUGUUUUCUGAUUUUGUUUCUGGCAUGGCACAUUUGAAAAGCUCCACCACUUUAGUGUUGGGAUACAAAUACAUUCCAUUAUUCUGCACCAAGUUUACACUUUUUUAUCAGGGUGAAAUUUUCUCUCUUGUGCUACACAUUGUUAAAACAACCCUGCUAAAAAAAAAAUUAAAAAAAACACCUCACCCACCCUCCACCACUUAAAAAAAUAAAAAAUAAAAUAAAAAAACAACAAAAAAACCAAAAGAAAAAAAGGGUUCCUAAACUGCUUACCUGGUGGCGCUAAAGAGUUGUCAACUCAGGGGUUUUUAUGUGUUUAAAACUUCAACAAGCAGGAUUAUGACACAAAAUGCACACUUUUCUCACCAUUUUUAAUCUUUUUCAGUUGGGAUUUUUUUUUUUUUGUUUUGUUUUAUUAUAACCCAAAAAUAUAUAUAUUAAAAAAUACCAAAUUUGCAACAGCGCUCAAGAAAAGUGUUCUAGUUUUGUAAGGAAAUGUGAAGCACAAUUGUGGGAGCUAAACACUGACAGAAUGUGGUGAGUGUGUGUGAUUUUGAUCCAAAAUUUUCAAGGUACCACUGAUUUCUCUUUUAAUAUGGGCAUGUGCUUUUUACAGUGUUUUUUCUAUCCAAAUGCAAUACAAUAUUCAAAGUGCCAUAUAUAAAUAUGUCUAGAAACUGCCUACACUUGUUAUUAGGCCUUGGUUUACAAGUUGCUGCAGUUUGCCUUUUUUCCAUUUAAUUUGUUUUUUUGUUUUUUUGUUUUUUCUGGUCUGUUAAUGCCAGUGUCAUAAAGCUCUUUGUUACCUGCUAAUAUCCCCACUUUCCCCCCCUUCUCUCUCCCUCUUUCUCUGUGCUGCGUUAUUGGUAAAUGUGUUUUGUGAUGUACUCGAUUUGAACAGUUGGUUUUUAAAAAAGAAAAUGUAGAUAAACAAUAAACUUCCCAAUACAUUUGAAGGUUAAGCGUCUCAGUGCGUAUUGAAACACUUGGUGAUGCCAACUGUGUUGUGAUCUGCUGUUUUUUUCUUUGGUUUUGUUUCGUUUUUCCCGGGGGGGGGGAGGUUGAAGUUGAAAAGCGAGCUCGAGAAUGAAAGUGAGCCGAGAGGGGUUAAGAUAAUUAGAUCGCAGGUGUUUCGCAAAGUACUUCAUGGUGUAUUACAUUUUUAAAAAAUCAAUAAAAACAAGUAAAUAAUAAUAAAAAAAAGCACAAUGUAUAGUCAGAGCCGUCCCAUCAGGAACUGGACUCACUUCAGGGGCUUCCAUCUCAAAUCUCCAUCAGCUCUAACAAUCACUUUGACUCUUGUUGUUUCUCAUUUUGAAGUGCUUUUCUUUCUUUUUUUUCUUUUCGUGUAGGUAGCAUUGCGUGUUCAUCGGGGAAAAACAAGUUAAAGAAGAAAAAAAAAACAACUUAUUUUCUUGUCUAUUAAUCAGUAGGACUUUAUUCAUGUUCCACCAAUAAUUUAAUAGAUGUUUCGUCUUGUCUCGAGGAAAGCCAAAGUGAGUGCAUCUUGAUGUGAGCUGUAUUAUACACACAGUAGAGUUUAUUUCUGUCCAAACUUUUGGAAAGAGGGUGGGAUUUAAACAACAAAAAAACAAAAAAACUAAAGACGUAUACAGGCUGUCCCAAUUUCUACAACUGGUUGUUCAUAUGUAUUUUGUACCAGUGAAGCUUUUUAUAUUGGAAAUUAAAGGAAAAGGACAAAAAAACAGAACAUCUAUAUCGAAAAGAAUAAAAAACUAAAUAAAUGUCCGGCCUCUCAAUGUGGCCUUGCCUUGACCAGGUCUGGAGUUUGGCCUUUGGUCUAGCUUUGAUUUUGAUUUUUUUUUUUUAAAUUUUUUUCCUGCUUUAGCCUCUAAAAGAUGCCUGAGUUUGAGUUUUACUCUGAUCGCUACACGGUCCUCACUUCGUUAGUCAAUUUCGGGGGAGGGUUGGGAUCCUCUAAUCGUGGUAAGUUUCAUGUUAGUGAUUGUGUUUUCCACAUAAUUUAAUGGUCAGGAUUUUUUGACAACUUGUGUGGAUAAUUGUCUUAGUUAAAAAGUCGCGUGUUUAGUUCAAAGCUUUGCUUUUUACUUGUAGUUUUUUUUUUUUCUUUCCAACCAUAGCGGAGUGUGUAGCUGGAAGAUUUAAUUUUUUUCUUUUUUUCGUUUUGAUCAGUGUUCGUUUGUGUGGUGUGUUUCUUUGCCUCUGUCUCGAAAUUAAACCAUUUCCCCUAAUAUGGA